AUGGUCUCGAUACUCGUGCGCAAGUUCAAUGCCUACUAUGCGAACCGACCUAUCCUCACAACGAUGAUCACCAACGCGGUACUUGGUGGCAUCGCCGACACAGUCGCACAAACCCUAACCGCCGUGCGCAUGCGCCAACGCCAAAAAGUCCUUAACGGCGAGACCAACCAGAAAGAUGACUUCAUGUCAAUCGAGAUACACGAGCUGGAUAAGAAGGUGCCGUGGCCAGCAGAGGAUCAAUCGCUGCCGCCCUCCAAGCGUGGUCCACCACCGUUCGACUUCGAGCGUCUCACCCGCUUCAUGGCAUACGGUUUUAUGAUGGCCCCCGUGCAGCACAAGUGGUUUGGGUUCUUGAGUAGGAUCUUCCCCAUAGAAGGCGGCAAGGGAACAGUCAAUGCGCUCAGGAGGGUGGCGUUCGAUCAGUUCCUGUUUGCGCCAGUGGGUCUGGCGGCGUUCUUCACAUUCAUGACGGUCGCAGAGGGUGGUGGGCGGAGAGCGGUGAUGAAGAAGUUCCAGGACGUCUAUCUGCCAGCGCUCAAGGCCAACUUCUUGGUCUGGCCUUUGGUGCAGGUGCUCAACUUCCGUGUGAUACCGAUCCAGUUUCAGAUCCCCUUCGUCUCCACGAUCGGUAUUUUUUGGACGGCGUAUCUCUCACUCACCAACUCAUCGGACGAGCCGGUCGCGAGCAGAGAGAACUCGCCUUCACCAGCGUAG